UUGCAUUUGUAUGAAUCACAAGAUUAAACUGUUUUAGCCUCAUUAACAUAGCAUUAACAUAGUCUCAUGACCUGUAAGGACUAUUUUUGUAUAUUAUUUAAAAAUUACCCUCCAGACCUUAGCAUGAAGAUGAGGAAGUUACUAGGACUUUACGCCAACUCCACGGAGCAUUGCCACCAUCUAUCAGAUUUAUAAGCAAGCUGACUACCAAGUUUCACUUCUUUCUAUUCCUCCUCAGUUUCCAGCAUAUGGAUACAUUUUUCAUGCUGCAAAUUAUUUGUAGGUAGUUAUUUUUAUAUAUUUUCAGAUGAAAUACACAUUUAUAAGUGAAUACUUGAAAAGCCAAAUCCAUCUUUGCAUGAAAAACCAUCGUUUAAAGAUGUUAUUGAUUUCUUCACAAACAUAGGUUGAAGGCACUCAUGGCAAAGGUUUAGGGUGUCCUUUCCUGCAGUCUUGAUUCUGAAUUAGUCUAGUUGAUGCCACUGAAUCACAAAAUGUAGCCUACUCAAUAUCCCUAAGCAGCUAACCACUAUUAGCUUUAUACAGAGUACUCUCAACAGGUUCAUGUAAUGGCAAGAUGAUGCUGGAAAAUGAGGGGGAAAAAAAUUAAACAGACUCUUGCUAGAGCCAUAAAUGAUGUUUAUAACUAUACAGCAGCAGUUCUCUGUGGGUGGGGUGAUUAGUAUGUUUUAAGAAAGCAAAUUCAGUCUUUUUUUGUUUUGUGUGUGUUUCCCUUUUUAAAAAGUAAUAUAAACUACAGAAAGUAAAGCUUUGUAGUUGGAGCAGACAUGCAGAAGAUGCAAUGAGAAAGCAAAAGGUUUAUGGGUGAUAAGGAUUAAGAAACACAACUGUAAAGAAAUAAGACUGAUUUUUCAUUAACUUACCAGAACUGAGUGAUUUCCCUUUCAAAAGAGUUAUCUAAGAACAAAGUUCUGGGUAAUGCCUUAAAAGUCACAGGCAUGGCCGGGCACAGUGGCUCACGCCUGUAAUCCCAGCACUUUGGGAGGUCAAGGUGGGCAGAUCACAAGGUCAGGAGUUCAAGACCAGCCUGGCCAACAAAGUGAAACCCGAUCUGUACUAAAGAAACAAAGAAUUAGCCAGGCAUGGUGGCGCAUGCCUGUAAUCCCAGCUACUUGGGAGGCUGAGGCAGGAGAAUUGCUUGAACCCAGGAGGCAGAGGUUGCAGCGAGCCAAGAUCACGCCAUUGCACUCCAGCCUGGGUGACAGGGCGUGUCUCUGUCUCAAAAAAAAAAAAAAAGUCACAGGCAUAUUGACCAUGUACUUGAACAAGCCUACAAAGACAUAAAUGGGUGGAGUUUGUCGUUGUAAUCACAUUCACUGCAAAGCUAACCUGACACAUAAUAGCAGCCUUAUUUAUAAGGUUGCUUUAUAGUUUACAUAACACUUCCCCACAUUCUCUUAUUUGCCACAUAAUUAAUGAUAGACAUAAUUGUGCCACAUGCUAAUUAAGCUUAAUUAGUAAGUUCUUAUGAAUGACUGCAAUUGGUGGGACUUGUUUGCUACCAAAAGCAAAUUUUCAGUUCUCUAUUUACUUAAUUAGUUACCUACUAUUUAUAAUCAGGAUCAGUUAAGUUAUAUUUUCUGUUUUGUAUCAUACAUGUUGAUCCUCAUGUAUAUUAAGAAACAAAACUCCUGGCGGGGCACAGUGACUCACAGCGCUUUGGGAAGCCAAGGCAGGAGGAUCUUUUCAGGCCAGGAGUUCGAGACUAGCCUGGGCAACAUAGUAGGACCCCAUCUCUACAAAAAAUAAAAAAAUUAGCGAGGUACAGUGGCACAUGGCUGUAGUCCUAGCUACUUAGGAGACUGAUGGGGGGAUUGCUUGAGCCCAGGAGUUCCAGUUUACAGUGAGCUGUGACCUGUACUCCAGCCUGGGUGACAGAGCAAGAUCCUGUCUCUUGAAGGAAAAAAGGAAACAAAUUCCUGAGACCUUAUUCCUAGGCAGCUGAACUUCCUUCACUCCAGGACACUCGUUACCAACUCUCAACCUCUACCAGUCCCUUCUUAUUCCCACAUCUCUCACUAGCAAUCAUCUAUCACACUCAGGGGGACUUGUAUAUAACAUGUAACAUUCAUUCACCAGCAAGUAUUUGUUGAGCACUAUGUGCCAGAGAUUUGAGCAAGGCACUGGAAAUAUAUGCAAUGGUUGGCAAAGCAGCCUGGUCCCUGCUCUCAUGGAGCUCACAGACUAAGGGGGCAGACAAAGCCCAGAUCGGAGUGGAGGAGGUAGGCAGGAAGUUGCCAUAUUUAUUUCACUUUCUAAACUACAACCUGUCCUUUAUCAAUAAUAAAGAUGAUGGGCUGGGUGGUGGCUCAUGUCUGUAAUCCCAGCACUUUGAGAGGCCAAGGUGAGUGGAUCACUUGAAGUCAAGAGUCCAAGACCAGCCUGGCCAACAUGGUGAAACCUUGUCUCUACUAAAAAUACAAAAAUUAGCCGGGCAUGGUGGCACACUCCUGUAAUCCCAGCUACUAGGGAGGCUGGGGCAGGAGAAUUACUUGAACCUGGGAGGCAGAGAUUGCAGUGAGCUGAGAUCAUGCCACUGCACUCCAGCCUGGGCAACAGAAUGAGACUGUCUCAAAAUAGUAAUAAUAAUAAUAAUAAUAAAGGAUCUCUGUCUUUUAUUUCUUAUUUGGUUCAGCACUCAGGGAAAACACAGCUGUCAUAGUUUGGGCCCCCUCUACCCUCCAGCAGAGGAUGGUGGUAUAGAAACAGUGCUUGGGAUCAAUAACCUGGUGUGUAGUAGUUGAGGGGGAGCUGAGGUUAGGCAGGAAUUGAUGAGGUGAAGAUACUGGGGAAGUGAAUUCUCAGAAAAGAUGGCCUUUGCAAAAGCCCUGAGGCAGAAUAGAACUUAACAGAUUCAAGAAGCUCAUUUGAUGUGGUUGGAGGGGUCGAUGCAACAGGAGAAAUGGCUAGAAGACUGGAAAAGUGGAGGGUCCUGUCUUGAGGAUACUGAGAAAUCAUGGAAAGGUUUUAAUGACAUUUCCCUGCCCCUUGCAUCUCAACCCAUUAUUUUCCUGGAUAGGCCCUCUUAUCUUCAGGUAUGGAGGUGCUGUGCAGACAAGUGUAGUGUCUUUUCAGGUUGAAACACACAUGGGCAAAAACCAUGCUUAGGGGGGUAUAGAGUGGAAAGAGUAUGGGCUCAAGAGUCAGAAUGCUUGGGUCUGUAUGAUGUUUUACACAUUUCUUUUUUUCUUUUUCUUUGAGACUGAGUCUUGCUCUGUCGUCCAGGCUGGACUGCAGUGGUGCGAUCUCGGCUCACUGCAACCUCCACCUCCCAGGUUCAAGCAAUUCUCAUGCCUCAGCCUCCUGAGUAGCUGGGAUUACAGGCACCUGCCACCACGCCCAGCUAAGUUUUUUGUAUUUUUAGUAGAGACGGGGUUUCACCAUGGUGGACAGUCUGGUCUCGAACUCCUAACCUCAGGUGAUCCUCCCACUUCGGCCUCCCAAAGUGCUGGGAUUACAGGCAUGAGCCACCGCACCUGGCCAAAUGUUUUACUAAUUUCAUAACCUUACCAAGCCACUUUCUUUUUUAUACAAUUGGGAAUGUAACAUUUCUACCCUUCAUCAGCUCUAGUAAUACCCUCUUUCUAACACAAGUUUCAAGCUCCUUUUUGGGAAAGGAAUCACAGAAUCAUAAUUGUUAAAUCAUGAAGAGGCUUUAAAGUUCUAUCUGCAUAUGAUAUUUGGAUACCUUCUGCAACACUGAGGAUCAGUUGGUUUAUUGUCCAUUAUUACUUGUGUCCAGAAACAGGAAGCUCACCACUGUCUGAAGCAGCCACUCUAUGUUGGGGCUCUAUUAAAAGGGUUUUGGAGGGGACCUAAUCCAAAUCUGCUUCCCUGUGUUCUCUCUCCAGGGGUCUUGGUAGUACCCCUAAUGCCUUUUCCAUGUGACAGCCCUCCAGGGACUAGAAGUUGUUAUCUCUACGGGACCACUUACUCACCUAGAAUGGAAAAGCUUGUUUCUUCAGCUUUUCUAACAACACUAAUCAAACGGUCAAUUCUUCGAGCAAACACAAUCCUGAAACAUUUAUGUACCUAAUAAUAGAGCUUAAAAACAUGAAGUAAAGUUAGUGGGAGAGUUUAAUAAUAAUAGCUAUCAUUUACUGAUUACCUAUACUGCACUCACUGUUAAAGAUACACAGAUAAUUCUCCAUCAGUUCUGUCAAAGUCAAACAAGUAAACAAGUGUCAUACAAUGUUACAGAUACUGUAACAGAGAGGUCUGUGCAGGAAAAAGGCAGGGUGGGCACUAAGGGAACAGUCGUCUUUGUGAGAAAGAGGCCUGCCUCUAAUGGGAGAUGACACAAACUGCACCUUAACAAUUGAGUAAUACCUUCUUUGAGGUGGACUUACCCAUUUGUAGUAUUUAUUAAAAUAUCAUUUUAGAGACUUUAGUCACACCAACUGUUCUUCAAAACAUCCACUGUCAGUAACUCAAAUACAUUCCUACAAGAAAUGUGUUUUCCCAGUUAUUCUUUACAUAGCUUCUGUUCGAGUCAAUAAUGGAAACCAGGCAAGGAAGAAAAGUGGACUACUGUAAUUUGCUGUACCUGCAAAUGCAUAGUGCAAGUGUUUGGAAGGGUGGAGCCUCAACUAGUCUUUCCUAAGCACUGAAAUAGAAGAGCCGAAGCAUAUUAUGAGAUUAGGCCAUACAAUAAAGGCCCUACAAGAUGUGGGGAGCAGUAAAGCAUUUGCGCCACUGACUGACUGCAAGCUAUGUGAAAGCAACAUGGGACUCACACCGCAAGGUUUGUUCCUUUGUGUUGGGCCCUGUGCUAGAUGCUGGGGUAAAGAUGACCUGCCCAGGCAGAUGAGGCAAGCACACAAGGUAAUCCAAGACAGAAAGUGCUAGAGAACCUUGGAAAAGGAUUAUUUGAUGUGUCCUGGAAGUUCUGAGAACCUGGGAAGAUGAAAUUAGCCUUCCUUGAGGAGGCAGCAUAUCUAAGAAUAAACAUACCAAUGCAGUCCUCCCAACCUCCUGAAGUGGGUACUUCUCUCUGAGAGCCAUAGGGAGCAAAAGUCAGUAAACCUGUAGCUUCUUCCUCCAAGAAGAAACUAAUGACUCGAAGAUGUACAAGUGGCAAACAGGUAUAUGAAAAGAUCACCAACAUAAUUGAUCAUAACAGAAAUACAAAUCAAAACAGAUAACAUCUCACCCAAGUUAAAAUGGCUUUUAUCCAAAAGAGAAGCAAUAAGAAAUGCUGGCAAGGAUGUAGAGAAAAGGGAACACUCAUACACUGUUGAUGGGAAUGUAAAUUAGUACAGCCACUAUGGAGAAGAGUUUAGAGUUUCCUCAAAAUCUAAAAAUAGAGCAUAGCAAUAUACGAUGUAGCAAUCUCACUACUAGGUAACCACAAAAACUAAAAAUUAUUAUUUUUUGAGACUAAGUCUCACUCUGUUGCCCAGGCUGGAGUGCAGUGGUGUGAUCUCAGCUCACUGCAACUUCCGCCCAGGUUCAAGCAAUUCUUGUGCCUCAGCCUCCCAAGUAGCUGGGAUUACAAUCGUGCACCACCAUGCCUGGCUAAUUUUUGUAUUUUUAGUAGAGACAGGAUUUCACCAUGUUGGCCAGGCUGGUCUCGAACUCCUGACCUCAAGCGAUCCACCCACCUCAGCUUCCCAAAGUGCUGGGAUUACAGGUGUGAACCAUCACGUCCGGCUUCAUUUCUUUUUUAAAUAAUUUUUAGGCCAGGCACGGUGGCUCACACCUGUAAUCUCAGCACUUUGGGAGGCUGAGGCACAUGGAUCACUUGAGAUCAGGAGGAGUUCGAGACCAGCCUGGCCAACAUGGUGAAACCCCGUCUCUACUAAAAAUACAAAAAUUAGCUGGGCGUGGUGGCAUGCACCUGUAGUCCCAGCUACUCAGGAGGCUGAGGCAGGAGAAUUACCUGAACCCAGGAGGCAGAGGUUGCAGUGAGUCAAGAACGCACCACUGCACUCCAGCCUGGGCAACAGAGCCAGACUCUGUCUCAAAAAAAAAAAAAAAAAGAAAAAAGAACAAGAAAUGAGAGGCAGAAACAAGACAGGAAAAUUCAGUGGAAGCUAAAACUAAUAUUUUUCAAAUUUGUUAAAGAAGAAGCCUUUCAAGAAACAGUUAUAAAACUAAGGAUCUUGAAAUAUUCCCUGAAACAAGAAACAAAUAAUGAGAAAGUGUAGAAAAAUUACAGUGUGGAAGGCUUCUACCCUUAGAACUUAAGAAUGAUAAAACAAGUGUUAUAAGUAAAAAGGAUUGAUGGAGACAAUUCAGGAACAGGAAUAUCCAGUGGAAGUUCAUAGACCCCAGUCCCUACCCCAUUACCCAGAUGAAGGAACUGAUGUCCCAAGAGGAGACACUUAAGACAGUGCUCCUUUCACCUAGCAGAGCACAGCACUGCAGUCCAAUGAUGAAUCUGGUGCAAGCCCUUCCUCAACGGAUUUGAUGUAACAAAGGAACUUACUCAAGAAAACUCGGUUUCACUUCAUCCUUCAUAGAGGGAUUGAUUAUUGUCUCCUCUGCUGGGACACUGGCACAAGUUUAUCAGCUCUUCCCUCCAGCUCUUCAUUGGCUACCUUUCCCCCCAGUCCCCCUGCCUUUUGUUUUUUUUUUUUUUUUUUGAGACAGUCUCACUCUGUUGCCCAGGCUGGAGUGCAGUGGCGUGAUCUCAGCUCACUACAGCCUCAACUUCCCGGGCUCAGGUGAUUCUCUCACCUCAGCCUCGCAGGCACAUGCCACCAAGCCCAGCUGAUUUUUUGUAGAGAUGAGGUUCGCCAUGUUGCCCAGGCUGGUCUCUAACUCCUAGGCUCAAGCGGUCCACCUGCCUCAGCUUCCCAAAGUGCUGGGACCAGGCGUGAGCCACCACUUCUGGCCACCUUUUUUCUUUAAAGUAGUUUUCUUCAGGUUCUAUUGUUGUUGUUGUUGUUAAGACAUUACUCAUAUACCAUAAAAUUCACCUUUUUAAAGUCUACAGUUCAUGCUUUUUAGUAUAUUCCCAAGGUUGUACAAACAUUACUGCUAUCUAAUUCCAGAACAUUUUUAUCUUCCCAUAGAGAAGCUUCGAACUCAUUAGUGGACAUUUCCAAUUCCAUCUCCUUGACUGGCCAACCACUAAUCUACUGUCUGUCUCUGUGGAUUUACCUAUUCUAAAUAUUUCAUAUGAAUUGAUUCAUAUGAUAUGUGGUCUCUUGUGUCUUGCUUUUCUUACUUAAUGUUUUUAUGGUUUACCUUGUUGUAACAUGCAUCAGUAUUAUAUUCUUUUUUACAGUUGAGCAAUAUUCUAUCAUACAGAUAUACUACAUAUUGUUUAUCCAUUAUCAGUUGAUGAACUUUUGGGCUGUUUCUACCUUUUGACUAUUGUAAAUAGUCCUGCUAUGAACAUUCAUGUACAAGUUUUUGUAUAGACAUAUGUUUUCAUUUCUCUUAUAUACCUGGGUAUAAACCUGGAAGUGGAAUUGCUGAGUCAUAUGGUACCUCUAUGUUUAACUUUUUGAGGAACUGCCAGACUGUUUUCCAAUGUGGCCACACCAUUUUAUGUUGCCACCAACAAUGUAUGAGGGAUCCAAUUUUGCCACAUUCUUGCCAACAUUUGUCUCUUUAAUUAUAGCCAUCCUAGUCAGUAUAAAAUGGUAUCUCAUUGUGGUCCUAAUUUGCAUUUCCCUAAUGACUAUUGAUAUUCAGCAUCUCUUCAUGUGCUUAUUGGCCAUUUGUGUAUCUCUAGAAAAACGUCUAUUCAAAUACUUUGCUCACUUUUAAUUGGGUUGUCUUUUUGUUACUGCAUUAUAAGUUAUUUAUAUAAUCUGGUUACUAGAUCCUUAUCAGAUUUGCAAAUAUUUCUUCCAUUCUCUGGAUUUAAAUUUCUUGAAAUAUCCUUUGAAGCACUAUUGAACUACUUUUUUUUUUUUUCCACCAGUUGUCAAAUGAUCCUUUAUUGAAAUAUUUUCCUUUGUGCUUAACUGGCUGGGCAUUCCACAGAACCACUGUUGAUAUCAUCUAUGAUGUCAUGAGGGUAGUGGCCAUCAACAUUACAGCCCACAGACUGGGCAGUCCCCAGGAUCUCUUUAAUGGUGCCAGAGAGUCUAUUGAACUACUUUUAACAAAUAUUUAUCUGGGCAUGGGGGCAUAUACCUGUAAUUCCAGCACUUAGGGAGGCCCAGGCAGGUGGAUCGCUUGAGCCCAGAAAUUCGAGACCAGCCUGGGCAACAUGGCAAAACCCCAUCUCUACAAAAAAUACAAAAAUUAGCCAGGUGUGGUGGCAUGCGUCUGUAGUCCCAGCUACUCCAGAGGCUAAAGUGAGAGGAUCGCUUGAGCCAGGCAGGUGGAGACUGCAGUGAGCUACGAUGCACCACUACAUUCCAGCCUGGGCAACACAGACCCUGCCUCAAAUAAAUACAUUCAUUAAAAAGACAAAUAUUUAAAAAUUUUAAAGCAAACCAGAUUAGAAAUGUGUAGUUGGUGUUCAUUUUUAUUUAUUUAUUUAUUUUGAGAUGGAGUCUCGCUCUUGUCCCCCAGGCUGGAGUACAGUGGUGCGAUCUCGGCUCACUGCAAUCUCCACACCUCCCGGUUCAUGCAAUUCUCCUGCCUCAGCCUCUCGAGUAGCUGAGAUUACAGGCAUGCGCCACCACGCCCAGCUAAUUUUUGUAUUUUUAGUAGAGAAGCGGUUUCGCCUUGAUGGCCAGGCUGGUCUUGGACUCCUGACCUCAGGCGAUCCGCCCACCUUGGCCUCCCAAAGUGCUGGGAUUACAGGUGUCAGCCACUGUGUCCAGCCACCCUACAGCUUUAGGAGUAAACGAUUGUAUACAGACCAUGUUCUGAGGCUUCCAAACCGAGUCUUGAGUUCAUUAAGGGAUCCAUCAUAGUGAUAGCUAUAGCUGUUACAGCGUUUAUAUGCCAGGCGCUGUUUGGGCACUCUACAUGUAUUAACCUAUUUAACUCUCGUAACAAUCCUAUGACUGUUAUCAUACUCAUUGCACAGAUGCUCAUUGCACAGACUGUUAUCAUACUCAUUGCACAGAUGAGAAAAUGGAGGCAGAGAGGGAGGUUCAGUAAUUUGCCUGAAGUCAAAGAGUAGGGUACCAGAGACGGGCUCCAGAUUUUGUUGCUUUCAACCACUUGCUAUACUGCCAAGGUGGAAUUUUGCAUUUCAAAGAACGCCUACUCCCUCGCUUUGGAGAGAGUAGUGUUUUAAUGAUGUCUGCACUGUGGACAUUUUUCCUGUCCUUACCGCUCCAGAAACUAGUAGUGCUCCCUGUCCAGAUGUCUUCGUUACACAUGUGCCUUCCUAGUCUGGAGUCCACGGCUUCAAGAUCCUCUCUCCUCCCCGUGGGUCUGACCGAGGCUUUAAUGCUCUUUGAAGUAACAGCAAAAUAGCCCUUUGUCUCCCAAGUGGAGUGGUUCUAAAUUUCUGAUAACCAAUGAGCGCCGAGGAACCGCGGAUUCCGCCCAGGGAGGCUCAAAGCUGAGCCGUGGGUGGAGCCUGCGGAGGGGGCGGAACUGAGCCGCAGCGGCGUACCUACUGUGUGCCGCGUGCGCUGCCUGGAGCGGAGCUAUGAGCUGGACCUGUCCGCGUUGCGAGCAACCUGUUUUCUUCGCUGAGAAGGUGAGCUCCCUGGGCAAGAACUGGCACCGCUUCUGCCUGAAAUGUGAGCGCUGCCACAGCAUCCUGUCCCCUGGCGGGCAUGCAGAGCACAAUGGGAGGCCAUACUGCCACAAGCCAUGCUAUGGGGCUCUCUUUGGACCCAGGGGGGUGAACAUUGGUGGUGUAGGCUCCUACUUGUACAAUCCCCCCACUCCCAGCCCUGGCUGCACCACUCCUCUCAGACCCAGCAGCUUCAGCCCUCCCAGGCCAAGGACUGGCCUCCCCCAAGGCAAGAAAAGCCCUCCCCAUAUGAAGACAUUCACUGGGGAGACCUCGCUGUGCCCUGGCUGUGGGGAGCCCGUCUAUUUUGCUGAGAAGGUGAUGUCAUUAGGCAGAAAUUGGCACCGACCGUGUCUGAGGUGCCAGCGUUGCCACAAGACCCUGACUCCUGGGAGUCAUGCUGAGCAUGAUGGAGUCCCCUACUGCCACGUCCCCUGCUACGGCUACCUGUUUGGCCCCAAAGGUGGGCAGCCCCAUCCCAGACACUGGGAUGGCAUGUACAUGCCUAAAGUAUGGCAUGUACAUGGUCUGUGGGUAUGUGUGGACAACUUCCCCUGUGGUUAAGCAUACCCUGGCCCCACCCCCAAGUUCCCUCUAGGCCUGAACCCUGCACCACAGACCCAAGGCCUUUGGUGAUAGGGCUCUCUCUCUCAGGUGUGAACAUUGGCGAUGUGGGCUGCUACAUCUAUGACCCAGUGAAGAUAAAAUUCAAAUGAGACGUUCACAAAAAAGGUCACCCUAACUCAGGCCUCCCAUCAUGCCCCUCAUGGUCCAAUGGAAGCUACAAAAAUCUCCAGUCCCAUGGGGGUUGGGGAAGGUGGGAUCUUGGGGGCCUGGGCCUAGGCUCCAUGGUAGGCCAGAGAGUCUAGACUUUCUCUGCCAAUUUUUUCCCUUUCCCAUUUCUAUCUGGUUAGGGAACAGUCCGUUUUGAAGGGUAUCCUCCUCCUGGCCAUCACAACCCCUUUCCCCAGCACAUUCUGGAGCUUCAAGGUACUCAUAAAACUUGUGUUUAUUGAAUUUCAGCCUCUGUGGCUUCUUCAAUAAAAUGUUGGCUCCCA